AUGCGGUUCUCUGGACACAGUUGCGCGGAUGUCGUCAUUAUCAUCACACUUUUUUUGGUGACUUCUUACUCUCUGCGUAGUUACUGUGUAUUUCUAUUUCCCCGAGCACUGUAUGCGUUGGGAUUGGCUUUCCUACAACCGUUUAGGAAGGGAGUGGCUAGACCAAUUUCCUCCUCUCCUCUCCACCUCCAACAUUUACUUAACGUUUCAACAAAGGACUGGAUCUUGCUUGGCAUUUCUGUUUUUUUGUUUGCUCUCACAUUGUGGGCUUACCUAGCGGCCGCGGUCACAGAUGCAGGUCGUGUGCCUCAGGCAUUUGGACAACAUGCUCCCAGGAGCGCCUCCUUGGCAUUGAGGGUGUGUGGGGCAUUAAACAUAUGCCCCGUUUGUGCUGCCUACAAGCCGCAGAGGGCACACCAUUGCAGUCGUUGUAGGCAUUGUGUAUUGAAAUACGACCACCACUGUCCAUGGCUUGGUCGCUGUGUGGGUUUUUUCAACUACAAGCUGUAUCUUCUUGUGGUGUUUUACACCUUUGUAUUUACUCUCUGGGUGGCUACACUGCUGCUGUUGGCGAUGUCCCUUUAUAUUGUAGAGCACUACCAAACCGUUGGGUCAAGGAUUGUGCAUCGGGAUUUUGGAACUUUGUCAUCCUGGCCGGAUGAGAUAUGUUGGACGGGACCACUCAUGGUGGGUGGCAAAGACCACACUAAGAUGCAUCCUGGGUUGCGGACGGCAUCUACUUCUUCUAUUAGUUUACGCAACAGCUUUGCCGUUUGCCCCCCAUUUUUAGGUGUGUACGUCUGUCUCGUGGAAGCCAUUAUGUUUCUUAUUUUGACAGGCUCACUGUUGCGAAAGCACUGCUGGCUGGCACGGCAUAACUUGACAACGCUCGAUCUUGUUAUUUACCAGCACAAGUUAGAAGAGGGGAUUUGUACUGGAGGUCCACUGAGUGUCUUUGACAUUGGUGUGAAGGGGUGUUUACAUCAAGUCUUUGGUGACGGCGACGAACUGGGUGAGCAUGUACAUCGCAACUUUAUUGUGAGGUGGUUUUUCCGCCUGUUGCCCUUUCCCGCAUACCCCAAGCAAGCCGAGUUGUACUCUAAUUCAUCGCUUGGUACUGACGCUGCGGGCAAUUUGGGGGCUGGAACUCCGUUUGCUGCGAUAUCACGCACGACCUUUUCGGUGCCAAGCUACGGGACGCUGAAGGAGGCGUCGCCUGCUUGCAACACGAUUGCCCGCAAUAGCAGCAGCGUCGCUACCGCCAUUGGCUGUAGGGGCGAAUACCGUAACGUCCCGGUGCAGUUUUCCGGCCAUACAAGGAGCCUACUUGGACUUAGUUUUUCCCACAGCGUCAUCUCCUGCCGGGGCUAG